AUGUCAGACAACGCACCAGCAUUCACAGCAGUUUCCGAAGUCAUGUCUUCGACAACUCCCACUCAAUGCCAAGACGUCAUCGACUACUGCUCUGCUCACAAUAUACGCUUCAAAUUCAUCGCAGCACUAGCACCGUGGCAGGGAGGUGUCUAUGAAAGAAUGAUUGGCAUCUUCAAAACUUCAUUCAAAGCAGCAAUUCAAAAUCAAAUACUCGACUACGACGAAUUCGUUACGCUGAUGAAAGAAUGUGAAGCCAUCGUCAAUAGUAGACCAAUCACCUAUGUCUACAGCGACAUCGACUCCGGAUACCCACUCCGACCAAUCGAUUUUUUACGUCCCCUCUCAAUAGUAGGCUCACCUCGUCUUGUUGAAGAAAAUGACGACGAUGACGAAUGGAAACCCGACAAAACGCCGAAAGAUUUUCUUCACAAACAAUGGAAUACAACACUAACGCUGCUGAAU